AUGGAAGGGCCAGGAGAAGUCCGGAGAAUGCCGCGAGGCGAAAGAUGCCCCGAAUGCGGUAGCCAGAGAUGGUAUCUGCAAGACGGGCUGAGAUUUUGCGCUCGGGGUCACCAAAUCGAAGGGUUCAUCCAAUUCGAUCUUGGUGACAUUGAAGACUCUGGUAAAAUGGGAGCCGUAUCUCGGCGUGAAAUGGCCCCGAGAGACAGAGGAAAGAGGGCGCCUACACUGACGGGCCAGGCCGGCAGGGAUCUCUACCUUGAGGCUCUCCAAUUGAUUAUUAGAAGCCAAGUAGCAUGGCUCAUCAAUGAAAAGGGUCACAGAGAAGAGUUGGAAACUGUCGUUCGCGACUUGUGGGAUCUGCGAAUCAGAGGGUCAAAUUCUGGUAUCGGUGACGAUGCCCAAGGAGACGACGAAGACUUGGCAGUUUUCAGCUCUCAGCCCUCUCAGGAUUCAUCAUCUUCAUCAAAAUGGCAUCCUCAAUCCAGGAAGCAGAGCUGGGAUCCCGAGCUGGGCUUACGAUGGCCGUUGCCACGCGUCCCCGACACACUCGCAAUCUGCUAUUUGGGCUGCGUCCUCUUGAGGAUACCAACUCACCUCGGUGAAAUCAUACGAUGGGCCAGGAGCGGUAGCAUUCCGUACAAGAAAUGCUACCAACAUCUGCCCCAGGAAAUGCGGGAUCGGAUGCCCGCCGCUUAUAUCAGGGUCUUGAAGCUACCAUUUCGUUCUUCUAUAGAAGGAGGCGAGAUACACAGAGUCGUUAUGGACUUGGUACUCUCAUACGACUUCAACUACAGUCUAAUCUUUCCAGAGAUUAAUCACGUUCCGCAGCUGAUACAAUUUGCAAAAGAGCUUGCGCUGCCCAUUGAUGCCAUCAUCGCGACUCGAAAGUUGGCAUCCAUCUUGGGAUAUCAAUUCCGCUUUCCGACCGAAAAGUUUUCAAACCCCCGGUUGGAUUAUCCAGAGAUGCGUCUGAUGGCCCUGCUCAUUGUUGCCACUAAACUUUUGUUUCCCUUGUCAGAUGCUGCUUCAUUAUCCCGAUUCCAAAAUACGAAUUUCCUCCAAACACCUACACUGGACUGGGAGAGAUGGCGACAAGGUAGAAGCAACUUGCCAACACAACGCGAUACCAAGACUACCAAGUUUGACUUUGAUAAAGUCACCCCUAGCCAGGUAGUCUCUAUGGAAGAAGACGAACUUGACGCAUAUUUUGCUCACGUCUCCAGCCUCAUUGACACGACUAGCGCUAAUCCAAUCACAAAAUUCUUUCCGGUGGAAGAAUCGUCGGUAAACACAAACCAAUUGGAGGAUAUUUCUACCAAUGACAUGGAUGACGCCGCCAAACAUUUACUGAACCAAACUCUCGAAUACAAUCGGUUUAAUCCGUCCAAAUCAGAAAACGCUUUGCCGCCGAUGCCAAGAUAUGAGGCAUUUCGCAAUGUCGACCGCCUUUCUGAAACCGCAACAGAGCUUUACAGAGCGGCUGGUAAGUCUACACUCAGCGCAACGACUACGCCGUGGGCAAAGUGGGUUGUCGGACCGGCGCUAGUAGCAAAAUGGAAAGCCCUCUCCAUUCCCCAUAACAGGCGAUUCUCUUCUUCCAAGUCACGUGCGUCGGCUACUGACCUAGGGUUUCCCAUGAUUUCAACUUCCGCCCCACCAAUUUCGCGCGCAGAAUCAGCGAUCGAACCUUCACAUCGUCAAGCAUCACAAAAAUCGUUCAAGAUGCAGAUUUUCGUGAAGACCCUGACGGGCAAGACCAUCACCCUUGAGGUCGAGUCCUCCGACACGAUCGACAAUGUCAAGUCCAAGAUCCAGGACAAGGAGGGCAUUCCCCCGGACCAGCAGCGAUUGAUCUUUGCUGGCAAGCAGCUCGAGGAUGGCCGCACCCUUUCCGACUACAACAUCCAGAAGGAGUCCACCCUCCACCUCGUCCUCCGUCUGCGUGGUGGUGUCAUUGAGCCCUCUCUGAAGGUUCUGGCCUCCAAGUUCAACUGCGACAAGAUGAUCUGCCGCAAGUGCUACACACUGACUUUGGCGUUUUCAGGCCCGUCUCCCUCCCCGUGCUACCAACUGCCCGAUCUUGCCAGCGGGACUUGGUCAGCGCAUUCCCUCACCCCCAAAGACGCCAAGAUGUCCGGCUCUGGAUAUGAUGCGGUAGUGGAUGUAGACGACGAGGGCGACCUCGGCCACACCGAUCUCCAAGAGGAUCUCGAAUUCCACAGCUCCAACUUCAACGAGCCGUCGUCGUCCUCGCGCGGCCGCAAGGCGCCGGCAGCAGGCCUGCCCCCGCCAGCGACAUCCUCCUCGUCGUCGUCGUCCAAGCGCUAUCUCUGGAGCAUGUCGUUUUAUGCGCAGUUCUUCGACGUGGAUACCUCUGCCGUCCUGUCGCGCUGCUGGGCGGCCUUGUUCCCGCGAGCAAACUUCCUCGACGUGCUCGAGGGCAAUCCCGACUUGUACGGCCCGUUUUGGAUCGCCACGACGGUGGUCCUGAUCCUCUUCCUCGGCGGCACCAUCAGCCAGUAUCUCUCGACCACGGGCAAGUCCCAGUUCGCCUACGAUUUUAGGCUAUUAAGCGGCGCUGCCGGUUUAGUCUACGGAUAUACCUUGGUCAUUCCCGUGGCCCUAUUCCUCGCUCUUCGAUACUUUGGAAGCGAAUCGGCGAAUCUCCUAGAGUGCUGGGCUCUGUACGGAUACUCAAACCUGAUAUGGAUCCCUGUUGCGCUGAUUUCCUGGUCGCCAAUCUCCAUCCUUAACUGGGUCUUUGUUGGCGUUGGCUUUGGCCUGUCUGUGGUCUUCCUAGUGCGAAAUCUGUAUCCAGUGCUGAGCGCAACGGAUCGUCAGGUCAGCAAGAUCCUGCUGGUUAUUGUCAUCCUACUACACGCCGGUCUUUCCUUGACGAUCAAGAUCCUCUUCUUUGCUCACGGCAGCCCGGUUGCGCGAUCUCCAGCAGGUGGGGAUGCCGAUAAAAAGCCAGAAUAG